UUUUUUCGUCCUUUCUUAUUUGCAGAGCAUGUAUCCUUGAUUUUCGUGGGAGAUAUUUAUUUCGCUGGCCCGGUCAAAUAUUACGUGGAGCGUAAGCGUUACACAUACAAUGACUCUUUCAAUGAAGUGGCUCCAUAUAUCAGAGAUGCUGAUAUAUCUGUGUGUAAUUUGGAAUCUCCAUUCGUCAACGGAGAUGUUUAUACCCACAUGUUCAGAGGUGAAAAGACAGUUUUACUCAGUGCUAACAAGGAUGCUGCAUCAUCGCUGAGGUAUACGAGAUGAAUUUACCAUAAAUCCCUCGCCGGACGACGCUUAUAGAAAUAUUUUUAAGUAAGAGACCAGUAUUUACAUCAAGAGAGGAUCAAAUUACUCUCUCUUGUCAUUGUUUUCAGGGGAAAUGGGGAACAAAUCAGUCGUCGCCAACAAAGUAUAGGAAAAGGUGGCUAUUCAUAAGAAUAUUAUAGAGCCUCAUGGUGGAUCAGAUAAAUUUCAUCGGGACACAAGCUAAUUAGAAUUGUUGAAAAUAAUCUGAUAUUAAAUUGGCUUCACUUCACUUUAUCGUAUUAAUUGUUGGUGUGGGAAACCUUCUCUACUUGCUAUAUCAGUCGCGAGUUGUAUAUUAACGUUUUACCGCGCUUCUUGUUAUUAAUACCGUUUUUAUUGGCUCCUUGCUCUAUCAACCUUUGUAAUGACCGACAGUUGUGGUUAUUAUAGCUUUGUUACAAUAUCGCUGACAGUGCCCAAGAAAAAUAUGAAGCAAAUCCUUCGUUCUAAUUGGCUAUCUGAGCGGGAAAGAUUUGCCCAUCUUUCGUUUGUUGUGUUUUAUAGACCUCGACUUCCUCUCGGUUCAUAAUAACGCAGAAAAAGAACUCAGUCAAUUUCCAGCCAUCUUGACCUCACGCAUAUAUCGACGCGUAAUGGAGGGUCUCAAUGGGGUGAUAGCUUUUACGAUUACGGUUAACCCAAAAUGACACAAAAUUACUCACUGGAAAAAUGAAACAUUUUUGUGGUUAUUUUCUUUUUACCAGCUAUUUGGGGAGUUAUAAAAGACUCGAUAGUAACGUCGUCCGUGUCGUAUAACUCCACCAGUAUUCUGCUAUAAUCGGUUCAGAGGGACGAAUUUCACGACUCUGACAGCUUGUUUAUUUUUUUAAAUUUUGCUCAAUAACACCUACCCCUAAUAAAAGUUCACACAUUAAAAAAAAAAAAAUCAUACCGUUUUGGCUAAAGUUGUAGUUGAGUCAGUUUACAACUGUUCUUAAGUGCACGUAGUCUUGACAAUUUGUUCGUCCUGUAGUUUUGCAGGAUUUAAUGCUGUAACACUCGCCAAUAAUCAUUUAAACGAUUUUGGAGCCGAAGGAGCCAAUUUUACUGCGGAAGUACUUAAAGAGACAGGAAUACCAUACUUUGGGAUAAGUUUUGGCGACUAUCUUUCCUCUCAGGUACAUAGAAAAUAACUGGCUUUAAAUUUCUGUCUGUUACACCAUAUUCUUCUUGUCAGUCUGAAAACUCGAAUCAUACAGUUUAAGAUUAUCCUAUCCACUGUCUACCCCUAGAAACUCGUAUUGGCAAUUUUUCACGUAACUUGUUGAUUGGUUUCAAUUUUCCAUUUCUUUAGGAACCACUCAUUAUGAAAAGGAAAGGAAUCACUUUUGGAUUUCUCGGUUACUGCGACAUGCGAUCGCCUCUUAAGAAUUGCUCUCAAAUGAGAAUGUUGUUUACUUCUGGUCCUGCCAUUUAUCGAGAUGACGUUGCCACAAGGGACGUUAACAAGUUAAAGGUUUUAACCACAGUGCUAAAGAUAAACUUAACAUAAAUAAUUCUAGCUUUUAAGACGUUCUCACCAGUCCAAUUUGUGGUUAUCUAGAACUUAGAACUCUACCAUAAAUGGUGAUUUAUUAAUCGACGAAGUCAAAAUGAUUUGAUUUCCAUUUUUUCCAUAAUGACUCAAGUAAGUUUGUGUGCGGGUUAAUUUUGGCGGCGCAUUAGCCUCGAAAAAUACAUCUCAAGUAGCUAUUCGCGAGGACCUUUCUGGUAAGCGGGAGGCUAAAAUUAUAUAAACAAUAGCUUCCUUUUAGCUCGAAAAUGCACUCGGGUAUUUGUCCGCGCCUGCUAUCUAUACCGAGUAAGUCUCGAUGAACAGAUAAUGUCCAAAGAAAAAUAUUUAAGAACACAUUUUCGCUCCAAAUAUAAGCUAUUCUGUUUAUUAUGUUUCAAAUGUUUCUGCAACGUGUGGGAACUUUUCAGUGUAGUACAGUACGACUUUUCGAACAUUCAAAUAUGUCGUUUUUCUGGGAAAAGAGUUAAACGCUCAUUCAUUUUGAUUUAAAUUUGAAACGAAUGCUUUCAUCAUAGUAGACGUAAGGUUUCAGAAUUGGGGAAUGUUGCUUAGGGUAUAUCCUCAGAUGUUUCCCAGUUUUAUCUGGGGUAUAUUCGAUCAUGUGAUGCGUUUAGAUCAGUCACGUGCGAGCAAAACUAUUUGAUGGAUUAUAAAAACCUACAAUUUCAACAUCGCUACUCUAUUUUUUUCAAAGGCUAAAGUUGACAUCAUAGUUGUAUUCAUGCAUUAUGGAAUGGAAACGGGAUUAAGACCACUCCCCUACCAGAUUGAUAUCAAUAAACACCUGCUGUCUCUCGGCGUGGAUAUAAUCAUUGGAGCCCAUCCGCACGUGGUACAGGGACAUUGUGUCAAACAUAACAAGCUUAUUGAAGACAGCUUGGGGAAUUUCCUAUUUCAUCCGUGUCCUUAUAGACGGGGAAGCAAUCCAGUUACGUAUUUAUCCGUUCAACCUGUUUAAUUCUUUUCCUCCCUUUCUUUCUUUUUUCUUAUUGUGUUUUAAUCCAUGUAUAUUUUUAUUAUUCUAUUCCCACCUGUAGCCAUCCUGCAUCUUAUUUCAUAAAUUAUUUGUGGACCAGCUACUAUUUAUCACCUAAGGGGGAGGUUUAGGAUCACAUGGAUUUUAGAGGGGAAGGGAGGGGCUAUCAGCCGUCGCUUACAGAGUACAAAAGGGCGUACUAUAUAACAUUGACUAGCAAUUACCUGCUAACGACGAGAGGUGGGGAGGGGGUUACCAUAAGGAUAUUACAGAAUCUCAGGGGCCUCUGGUAAAUUUUAUUGUGAUAUGGUGACACGACAAAAUCCUCCGACCCUCCCCUCCCUGGGGAGGGUCGGAAGGUCGGAUCCCUGAUUUCUAAUUGGUUUGUUCAUUACUUUCUUACCAAGCAAAACAUUUUUCCCUUCCUGCCCGUCAAUUGAUGCAUUGCUCCCUUUUUUUCUCGAAGAUUGUGUAUGGAGGUUUUGGCAAAAAGCCGAGUGAAGUUGAUAUUGAGUCCUACGAGCAUUACGCCUUUGGAAAUAGCAACGACUUAAGAAUUUCCCGGAUGCUCAAAGUCAACGUUUCAAGGUACAAGUCACAGCUGUUUAUUAUUCAUCAUUUAAUUAAUUGUUUUCAAUAAAAUAAUUGUUUUCCUAAGAAAUAGACUUCUUACCGGAAAAUGUGGCUCAAUUCAUUUUUUUUUUCACUAAUUUUAAAAUAAUGUCCUUUAUUUUCAUGUCGUAGGAAAGGUGUGGUUAAUGCAAAGUAUUUGCCUCUUAGAGUCAAAUUUAAUCACAAAACCAAAAGACUUCACCCUGAGCCUGAAAAGAAUGCUCAAUGGAUUGAAGUCUGUGGAGCUGAGGACGAUAAAUGCCAAUGUCGCAACGAGAUCAUUGCGACCAGAAAAGUAGCUAGCAAGCGCCUUAUAUAUAAUUAG